GGUAAGAGUAUCCGGUAUUUUCACCACAGCCUCAAAUAUACCUCCGUUUUCAGAGCUUCCUCAAUCGUCACAUAGAUACAACACAAGGAUCAACACGCACAUGACAAAUAUAUUUCUAUCACAUCUUGUGUAACUUCACAUGAUGCUGUGCCUCUAGCCUACAUGUAAGGUACAAAUCAGCUCCGGAUCGUUCCCGAGGUUUGUUCAUCCCCCAAGCUAGUUUCUUGCCUCCCAUCUGACUCGGAACUACCCCGUCCCUCUCCCUUCUGAGUUUGAGGGUGAAGAGAAGGCCCAACUUGUCAAGAUGGCCGGAUCUAUGGUGUAUACAGAUUCAGACCAAGUCAUUACAGUCUUCGAUGGAGCUCUUUCGACGCGGGUAAUCAGCCAUCCCUUGCGGGCCUUUGCCCUAGAAGCAACCUUUCACUUAGACCAUCCAAUGUUCCCAACGCUCAUUUCAAGAAAGCCGCCAAUGCAUUUCCACCAACAUCAAGUGGAAUACAUUCAGGUUCUUGAGGGCCGACUGGGAUUUGAACAUGCAGGAAAAUCAUGGUUCAUGGUUCCAAGCGAGGGCGAGUUUGGCGUACGUCCUGGAGUCAACCAUCGCUCGUAUCCUGUACCAGCAGAGGAUCCCUCAACAUCCAAAACGCUCAAGUUCCUCAUAUCGGGAGAGAAGACUUCGGAAGUCUUCAGUCUAGAUCUAUUGUUCUUUGAAAAUUGGUACCUAUAUCAACAAAAACUGAUCCUGAACGGCCAAAACCCCAAUAUAAUACAGGUUUUGAGUACUUUCGAUGCCGGUGGAUCUUAUCUCUCCUUUCCGGACUGGAUGCCGUUUGGUAGGACGAUAUCAGUCACCUUAGGCAUUGUAGUUGGGAGGUGGCUAGGAGGGUUGUUGGGCUAUCCGCCAUUCUAUCCCGCUUGGUCAUCAGAUUGGGAAUUAGCCUGCAGAAAAAUGAAGGCGUCGAUUUUUCAGAGGCGUUGGGCGGAUACUAAGAAAUUGUAGAGCGGAUGAUACCUUAGCCGUAGCUCCCACUACUUCCACAGAGCCAGCCUCAUUGAUCAUGAUUUAGUUGAUAGCGCAUGCUAGUUUAUCUACAAAUACAGGCUUGAUAAACUCAUU